AUGUCGGGUGUUGGCUUCGAGCUUGGUAAAGUUCAACGCUUCUUGAGCGAGCAAGGCUGCACCUGGAUUUUCAAUACACCUCAUUCCUCCCACAUGGGUGGCGUGUGGGAACGCAUGAUAGGCAUGGCUCGCCGGAUCCUGGAUUCAAUGCUUCUGAACGACGGCUCUCCUCGCUUCUCCCAUGAGGUCUUGACCACAUUCCUAGCAGAAGUGACCGCCAUUAUAAACGGCAGACCAUUGGUUCCAGUCUCCUCUGAUCCCGAAUGUCCCCCAGUGCUCUCCCCUGCAAUGAUCCUGACGCAGAAACGUACGUCGUCAACAGCACCUCCAGGAGAUUUUAAAAGUCUUCAUGUGAAGCAUGUGGGGGGCGCUGAUAACCCGGCAACUUCCGCGCGAUAG